AUGGACCAAAGAACUGGUAACCCAAUGCCAGGAACAGUUUUCGAUCGAGGUGUGACCUCUCACUACCUCUGGGACUUCUUCCUCCAGGCGCACAAGGGUCUGCAAGGAACCGCCAGACCUGCUCACUAUAUCGUCCUGAAAGAUGAGUUGAACUUCAGCCAGGAUGCAUUGGAAUCUUUCAGGGGACGCAUGUAUCUCUACUCGACCUUGAACGAGAACCAGAGUGCAAGUGGUUCUGCCUACAACGCACAAACCGCUGAGUGGACCCAGGGAGUUCACACCAGAUUGACCGAGAAGACUUUCUAUGUCUAA